UUUUGUCCCCUUUUUGGUCCCUAAUCGUCGCUGAUCUCUGUUUUUCUGGUACUUUAUGGGUUCUUCUUUGUCUAGAACUCGAGGUGAUUCUGGGGUGGGAACUUCUGGUCAAAGAAUCCCCGAUUCCAACUGUGAUUGGGGAUCCAAGUGCAACUGUCCCAAUAACGAGCAUUCCUACUCCGCCGAAUAUAAAAACAAUCUGUAUUUGGCCCAAAAAGAAAAUACGAGUACUCGAAACUAUUUGGAAGAAUGGUUUCGGAAGAGGGAAGUGGAGCCAGGAGAGGAGGUUGAGUCAAAAUAUGACGAUCGGAAACCCACUCCCUCAGAUCUGCGUUUUUUCGGUGAAGGAGAUUCCGAUGAGGAACCAAGUGGGUCUGAUUCAUUUGAUCUGGUGUAUGUUGGAGAGUGUGAAAAUGAGAAUGGUGAUGCUGUUGGGUCUCCAGGACAACUUUCAUCUGGUUAUCCCUCCUCAAAGAAAGGAGAAAAGGGAAAAAAAUCGGCUUCAGCAUCUGAUGAUGCUUAGAUAAGUCUGUCUCCUUUCUCCCUUUUUUCAUUUUAUUGAAUGCUGGCUAGCUGUGGAGUCAUAAGGUGGAUGCCAACAACUGUGAUCUGUUGUUGGCCAGGGGUGUUGUUGUUUGGAUGAUGAUGUUGUGAUUAGUUGUAUGGAUGUUGAUGUUAGAUAAUGAUGUUAUGAUAUUGAUAUUGAUAAUGAUGAUUGGAUGAUGGUGUUUCCAUAUGGUUAUGAAAUUUUGUGGAAUGUUGUCUGUGUGAUGAACAUGAUUUGAUGGCUUAAUGUCCCCUGUUUUAUGGUAUGUUUUGUGUAUGAUAAAUAUGAUGCUUUGGUGAGUUUGAGAUUUGAUCAGUAUAACUAUGUUUUGGAUUAGUAAAGGCAUGAAAUGAAUAUAAUUUGGGGAUAGGGUUUGAGUUAUUUCAGUCCUCUCAGUGUGGCCUGGUGUUGAAUGCUUAAUGUCCAAGCAUGUCCCUUUAGGAUACAAUAAUGUCCCUUCAUUUAUUGUGAUCGAUGAUGAGUCUUUUUUUUGCUGAGGAACAAGUCCAACUAACCACAAAUGCUCGUGCUGCCAUUAGUAUCAGUAAUGAUAUUUCUCGGGCGCUAAGUGUUUGUGGUUUGGAGUUGUUUUAAUGAUGCUUGGGGACAUUCUGAGAUCAAUAUUAGGAGGUUUGUGAUCUUCAAUGAUGUGAUUGUUGAUAUUCUGAGAUCUUUGUUUUGAUAAUUGUCCUUUAACUUCUUUUGUCGAACGGAGUGAAUGUCAUUUCACACAAUGGAAUGUGAAUAUCAAUCAUUCCGUUCGGCAGA